CAAAGUCUCGUGAAUGUUCUCAUUUAUCUUGUUGCGUGCUUUGAAUACAAUCAUCAAUGUAAAAAAUAAAUAGGUUGUCUGUGUAGAAUAAAGAUCUACAGAAAUGACAUCCUCCAUGGAAAAACUCUGAGAGUUCAGAGCGAGACCUGAAGCGAUCUGUCAUCCUGAAAUAUUUCAGUUUGUUUUUUCAGAUGAUGAACUCAGCUCGUAUCCAUGAUAAAUACACGCUGAAGAAGUUCUGGGAGCAGAAGAUUGAGAAGCACAUGGAGAGGACGGGGAAUGAAGACUCCCGGAUGAAGAGCAGCGCUUUAUCAAAGUUACGUGAUGAAUGGCUCCAGAGGCUUCAGAUUCAAAACAAGAACCUGAUUGAGACCAUGAGAGAAGAACAGAUAAAAAAAGCAGAAAGGGUCCAGGACAUUUUAAGAGUUUAGAUGGCUUUAUAACAAUCACUUUUCUGAUUGAGACAGAAUACUUUAUAACAUCAGACACCGGUAAAUGACAUUAAACUACACAUGAUCUUGGGCUUGAUGAUUUAAGAGUGCAGAUGGCGACAUCUCGAGGCGAGUCGAGUGAACUGCACCUUUACAUUUAAACUCUGGAUCAUAUUAAAAAAUGCUCCUUGUAACCUGA